UCUAAGUUAAAAGUAACAUCAUAACAAUGGCAGAAGAUCCAACAAUUCCAAAUGAUUUUGAUUUAGCAGUUGAUGACUAUGGUAGUGAUGUUGAAAAGUGUUUAAAGAUAAACACAUCACCUUACAUUGUUGCGUUCCUACACAAGAAGACACUGCCAAGAACUGUAGAACAGAUUGCAUGUGAUGAGAAUGUGUUGGAGAAAGUUGUGAGCAACUAUGUAAUUGUUAAAAGGAUAAUAAGUAAUCUGUCAUGGCAGAAUAAGUUGAUGUGUAAGAAUGUUUGUUCAAUGUGGAGGGCAGCUGUGGAUACGCUCCAGCGGGAGCAGAUCAGCCCUUGUGACUUUGCUGUCAACCUAAGACUGUGUUAUAUUAGAAAUGGUGUCAAGCUGAAUAUAUCUGAUAACUUCUACACUGAACCUUUAGCUGUUUUUGUAUUUGCCAACACAUCAGGCUUCACUGUAACUCGUAAAUGUGCAAUGCUAGUACCCUGUCCCUGUGACCCACCAUGUGAGAAAAAGCAUCAAUUGGUUGAUUUGGUCCACCAUCAUCUGGUGUCACCAAAGACUUGUGGGCUUACUAUAAAGGCUUGCUAUCUGUCAUACAUGCCUCUGCCUCAGUCAAUCACCUACCGUCAUGUUGUGAACCGUCAAAGGUUUGGGAGAUCAGCUGCCAUUAUUGCUGGAAUCUAUAUACCAGUAAUACCAGGUGUUGAAUUCCGUGUUGUUAAUAUAAAAUCAAUACCUGACAUCAAAACCAGUUUUUAUGACGUCAUAGAUGAAAUGACACAGACUCGCAUUGUUAAAGGUGCACUUGUAUUUGUUAAUGAAAGCUUCCUUCUUCAUUCUGUGGAAGAUAUUGUUUUCUUGAAUUAUUUGACAGAAGCCCAACCAACUGUACCAUACGCUUUAGGAGGAUGCAUCGUUGAAGACACACUACGUAAUCCCAAAGACAUACUCCUGAAUAUCGAGGGGACAAACGAAGGUGUAGAAUAUAUUACCGAAAAUCUGGUAUCCAUUGGUGUGUUUUCGGUUCCAAAACUAGGAAAUAAUGUCCAACCAGACCCUGAAUGCCAAUUUGAUAUGUACUCACUGAUUCUGGAAUCGUCAGAUUGGGCAAAGGAUAAAAUAGAAAAUGUUAUCAAUGAGUUUUCUAAGAAAAUACCUCAUUUCGAACACAGCGUCGUGGUAAAGCUGUCUUGCGUUGGACGUGAUCAAAAACAUGAGUAUGAGCAGAACUGCUUCCGGGCGGCUUUUCCUCACACGCGGCUGAUCGGUUGCUAUGGUAACGGGGAGUUAGGAAUGAACAAUCCGGCGCGGCCGCCGCAUGAACUGUACCCGAACAUCAAGCGCCACCGCCGCGACCCCGGACCACAGUUCGGCGUCAUGUAUUCAUACUCAACAGUCUUUGUAUACAUUGGCUGGGGUAAAAUUACGAAACCACUAGAAACCUAAAUAAUAAAUACUGGAAAAACAUGCAUUUACCUACAUGGACAUGACAUUUAUAGUUGGUACAGUCACAUAGUUUAUAAAGGUCAUCAAUCAUUACAAUCAAGAGAUACUGGAUAUUUGUGUAUUAUACUUUAUAGACAUUUUAUGUCAUGAGCUUAUUUUACUAGGUACUUUUGUAUUCUCCGCCAAAGGGUAGUAAAGUAAUCAUUCAUUAAUCAGUAAAAUAAGAAUUACAGUUUUAUUAUGAGCAUAGGCUAUGGCAACUACACAGACAGCAUAUUGUAAUACGAAGAGGUUUUAGCAAUUGGCAAGGACUGCAAGUGCCGGAAUCUCGUGAAAAACAUACAUAUUGGGUAUAAUUUAAAAAGUGUAUUCGUAGGAUACUAGAUCUAGUCAUCCGUGCAUGUAUCUCGUAGCGAAUUUUUUACUCUACUUUUUAUUAGUGACUAGCUUUCAUAUUAAUAAACUGUUUUUGUUAAGAGCAAAAACCUGAUACCUUCAGGCUACUUAACAUUGUAAUAGUAUGUACACGAUCUCUUUGCAUUUUAGUAUUAGUAUCUACUUUGACAUAUUUAUUUAUAAACACAAUAUGUAAUGGGCGUAGGUGAGAUUUUUUUUAAUCUACGGAAUAUUGGUAAAACUGGUAUUGUAAGCGUACAUAAUAUUAAGUACAUUUUACUAGUAGCCUAGCGAUUAGUUUUUUUAAGUGGAAAAUACAUUUUGUUCUCUUAA